CGUGUCAAAUGCAAAGUUGUGGUAUAUGAUCGACAUUGGUUCGUCAUUCACCUUCUGGACCGCAAUAAUUUAUUUACGUAGUGGUUAGAGAUUAGUCAACUAUUUCUUUCUAGUAUGACAAAUAUGCUGGUUAUAUUUUAAAUAACUUAGCGUUAAACCACUUUUAUUUAGGUGUAACUUCGUAAAGUGAUUUUCUCUAAGCUUUCUUUAAUUACUGCUACUGGUUGUUGAAAUAACUGACUGUCAAUGCGCGCUUCGAUUCCCUCCGGUUCUUACUGUAUUUAUAAGUGGUAAAAAUAAACCCUCUUGCAUAUCUGUUAACAUCUAGUCUCUUGGUAAAUUAUGGUCAUACGUCCGAUAAUUUCUACUGCUAACUGAAAAUACUGUAGCUCACUGACUUUAUACUUUAUCUGUAAGCAAACGUGAUAUUUGGUUAUUAAAACCAUUUCUGAUCAUGCAAACUUUAUUUCCUAACUCGAUGACCGAAAAUCAAACACAAGCUAGUAAGCCACAACUCAACCUCUUUUUCUGUGGGAUUAGAGAUGCAACUUCUGUUUGAAUCAGUUUAAGAAUUACUACCAUUGUUCAGUGGCCUCGUGAGUAUUACUAGUCGAAUAAAGAAAUACUUUCCAAUUUUAUUUCGUCCAUUCAUUCCGGUUCAGAUAUCUACUACAAAAGAAAGUUUUUGUAGUAUUCCUAAUCGAUAGUGACUAUUCUGUAAAUAAUUUGUGCUUAAUAUUAGAGGCAUUCACUUUCGUAUUCCAAAGAACCACCAAAGGAUUCGUGAUUCCGUUGGAUGUAACGUUAAAGUCAUUCACAAUUUCCUGUUAUAAUUUUGGUCCUUUGCUUUGUACUUCUUUUAUACCUCUAGAUAUCAGCUCAAUUUUCUAUGCUUUUUGAAUAUAACUAAUGACUUGUUUGGGGGGAGUUGGCAGUACUCUUAUUGGAGUGGGUCCUUGUUUAAUUCUUUUCCUAUGUACAGUCGCCAAUUGUCCAAUAAAAGUCAUUUUACUCACAGCCAGUGGAUUUUUCUGGUUGGUGUCAUUACUUAUCACAUCUGUAAUGUGGUUUAUAGUUACCCCACUACGAGCUUACCUUGCAUUUGGGAUUCUUAUUGGCGUGUUAAUUCAAGAGAUUCUACGAUUUCUAUUCUUUUUAUUGAUUUUCAAAGCUGAAUCCGGCCUUCAGCUUAUUGUAAGUAGUUCAACUAUUCCCGUUUCAAGACCACAGCUGGUUGAUGGAAUUAAUAACGACAACAUUAUUGAUAAUCAUAGUCAUGGGAGAGGAGAGGCUGAAAGAAAUGAAGUUUCAAAUUUAACAAGAAAUAGAAAAAUAUCUAGUAGUAAUAUUAUAAUAACAAACGACUAUGAUCAUAAUACUUUGAACGAUAAUAAUAGUGGCGAUAUUAACAAUAAUAAUAAUAAUCAUGCUAUACAACUUGAUCAUCUUACAGUCGCUUAUGUCUCUGGAUUAGGAUAUGGUUUGAUGAGUUGUAUUAUACAAUCGUUACGUAUACUUAUUGAUUCCUAUGGCCCUGGAAUAACUAUAUAUUCAACAUGGAAUUCGAAAACAUUCUUUUUGUUUUCGUCGUGUCAGUGUAUGUGUAUAUCAAUGCUUCAAGUGUUUUGGUCUCUUAUUCUGUUUUCUGCGUUUGUACAACGUGCAUAUGGUCAAAUUAUCCUUGUAUACUUUAUGCAUUUUGGACUAGCUGGCAUGUCGUUAAUCAAUACCUAUUCAUCACCUUGCUCAGAAAUUGUAUGUGCAAUAUACAUGAUUUGUCUCAUAGGAAUGAUCAUAUUCACCUAUUGUCGAUUUCAUUCACAAUUAAUCACUAAUCAUAAAAGAAAUAAUGCUGUCAAUUUUAUUAAUCAACAGUAAUGGAGAUUUUUUAUACAAGCACCAAACUUCUUUUUGUAGUUUAAAAUCCAGUAUCCGGUACAAUUAAAAACGGAGAUCUACCUUUUUUUAAAGAAAAUAAUGGUAACAUGAAGAAUUUUUAUUUUGUGCAUCUCUUUUUGUAACUAUAUAUAUAUAUAUGAGUUAUGUAACACUAUGUUUAUAACUGUAAACAUUAUUAAUAUCAAGUAAUAAAGUAAACUUUUACUCUUC